GCCUUUCUCCGUUCUCCCCUCCCACCGACCGCGAGGAAGAUGGGCGGUGGCGCGAGGAGGGUCCUGGAGGCGUGGAGGCUCGGGGUGGCCAGGUACGGAGACGCGCUCCAGCUCCAGGAGCGUCUCGUCGCGGACCGCAAGGCCGGCCGCGUCGGCGACCUCGUGCUGUCGCUGCAGCACCCGCCGACCUACACCCUCGGCAAGCGGCGCGAGAAGGCCGAGCGCAACCUGCUCGCCACGGAGGCCGAGCUGAGCGCCCUGGGCGCCGAGCUCCACCGCACGGAGCGGGGCGGCGACGUCACCUUCCACGGCCCGCGGCAGGCCGUGCUGUACCCUAUCCUCUCGCUCCGCGCCCUGGGCCUCGGCGCGCGGAGGUACGUCGAGGGGCUCGAGUCCGCGAUGAUCCAGGUGGCGGCACUCCACGGCGUGACCGCGCGGCCGGGUGACCCCGGGGAGACCGGCGUGUGGGUCGGGGACCGCAAGAUCGGCGCCAUCGGGGUCAGGAUCUCGUCCGGGUUCACUUGGCACGGGUUGGCAUUCAACAUCGACCCCGAUCUCGGGUACUUCGAGCACAUCGUGCCGUGCGGCAUCGCCGGCAAAGGGGUCACGUCGCUGCGGCGGGAGGUGCCGGACGGAGUGGAGCUCCCGGCCGACGAGGUCAUCCAUGACCAGCUUGUGCAGUGCCUGGGGGGAACUUUGGGCUUCACCGAUGUGGAAUUCAAGGACGAUUCUUAAGUGUUGCUCUAUCACCAACUACAGACAGAUUCGUGCCUGAUUCCAUGAAGCAAUGUACAAGCUGUUUCGCUGCAGAUUUGCAGUAAAGCCAGCUACCUUUUAUCGUACAUACACUAAAAGUGCCUUGAACACAAUCAGAUGAAAAAAUAUUCCAAAAAUUGAUCAGAAGACAUUCU